AGCUGUAGGGGAUGGUCAGGAGGCUCCUGGGCCUAGGCCUGGGCCUGACCUAAAAUUGCACCCUGCCAGGAGUGGGCGCCCUGGUGGGGCGCUCUGUGGUGUGGGAGCCCCCAGGAAAUGCCAGGCCAGUUAUCACCCUGGUGAAAGAUGGGUUGGGGUGCCUUAACCCCAGCCCCUGCAACUGGGUAGGUUACCCCUUUUGUAGGGUCUGGAAAGUGGACCUGAGAGGAAGAGUGUGGGGCCAUAGACUCGCACCUGUCUGGACUUCCCCUGACUGGUCAAUGCUGGGGCCAGGACCAGAAGGGUCAAAGGGCCGGGGCCCACCGCGAGGAACGCCCGAGAGCUGUGCGGCUGCGGUUCUGAGUGGCCGGGAGAUAGGCCAGGGCUAGUAGCCAAAGGUCCGGGGGAGACUGCAGCCGUAAGGGGGAACAGCUCAGGGGGCUAUACAGCUGGGGAUGAAGGCAGAAUAGGCUGCCUGAAUGGAGGGAUCUAAGUGGUGAACAGACCAGGGACUGGAAAAUAGCCCCAGUGUCCUUCCUGGUCGGGUAGAUGGGUAACCUGGCUAGGGUGCCAGGAAGUCCUGGGACUUGGUGGGGCCCAGCCUUUUGAUUCACUACUCUGGAGCAUGGGCCAAAGCCCCUGCAGGAUGGGGGCCACUAACGGCAUAUCACUGAUUGCUUGGGACAACUCAAAGACAAAACAAGGACAGGAGUGAAAGGGCAUUGGUUCAAAAUGAGCGCACUGAGGUGGGACACCGAAAAAAGCACACCAGCCCCCCUCAAACGCGUCCCCGUGAAACUCCCCCUAGAGACACAAACAGACAAGAGGUGAGAAAGGGCCCUAUGGUGCCCCUUGGCACCAGAGCUUGGCCUAACUCCGGCACUGGGCACAACGGGAACGCCGGCCCCACCACCUUCCCCCUGGGCACCCCUUCCUUUUGUUCUCAGGGGUCGCAGAGAGAGGCAGGGCUGGAGGGGCCUCCCCUUGCCUGAGGCAGGAUCAAGCCUCUCCAAGCGGCCCCCGUGACGGACCACCCGACUCCUUCACACGCCGCAGGCCCGGGCCGGGGGAGGCUCCAGUGCGUGCCGGGCCGUGGCGGGGCGGGGCUGCAGCCAGGUGAGGCGGCCCCUCCCUGCCGCCGGCUCCAGGUGCAGGAGGGCAGCCAGGAGGGCGGGGGGGAAGAUGGCGGAGUCGCAGCUGCGGUGCCUGGACGAGGCGCACGUGAACGAGCGGCUGUCGCCGGCCCAGCCCGGCUUCUACUACAGCGAGGAGCGGCGCCGCGCCCUGGAGGCGCUGGUGGCGCGGGGCGAGGCGGCGUACGGCCAGCGCCUGCAGCAGCUGCAGCUGUCCCCCUUCCUGUCUGCCCACGAGCUGCCGGCGCUGCGGGCCGCCUUGCGCCCCUACGAAGAGCCCGGGCCGGGGCGGGGGCCGGCGGGCGAGGUGGCGUCGCUGACCUACUGGCCCGAGCGCUCCGACACCGAGGUGCCGCCGCUGGACCUGGGCUGGACCGAGCGCCCCUUCUACCGUGGCCUCGGCCGGGUCGAGCUCUUCACGCAGCCGCGCAAGGACGAGGCCGCCCCGCACCUCAAGGAGGUGGCGCGGACCAUGAUCCAGCAGGCGCGCAAGAUCAUUGCAGUCGUAAUGGACCUGUUUACUGACAGAGACAUCUUCCAGGAUAUUGUGGAUGCAGCAUACAAGUGCCGGAUCCCAGUCUAUAUGAUCUUGGAUGAGGAGGGGGUGAAGUACUUUCUGGAGAUGUGCAAGUGCAUGGAACUCAGUGACUUCCAUAUCCGGAACAUCCGCGUGCGCUUUGUGACAGGAGUUGGGUUCUACAUGCCACUGGGGAAGAUCAAAGGGACAUUGGCCUCCCGGUUCCUGAUGGUGGAUGGUGAAAAAGUGGCCACUGGGUCAUUCAGCUUCACAUGGAGCUCCUCACAUAUAGACAGAAACAUCCUCCUGCUGUUGACAGGGCAACAUGUAGAGAUGUUUGAUGUUGAGUUUCGAGAGCUCUAUGCCAUCUCAGAGGAGGUUGACCUCUACCAGGAGCUGAACAUUGCUAACCCUUUCCAAAUAGGAGCUGAGAAAUCAAGACUUUACUCCUCCACUGUGUCUCGUAAGAUCAUCAACCCCAAAUAUGGUCUAGUGGCAGGGGCUGCCCCUCGUGAAAUGAUGCUUCGGGCCCUGCGCCAGAAGCAGGAGAUACAGGGGAAAUUGGAAAAAAAGGAGGAAGAAAGUGAGUCAAAGAAGCGGCUGAACAAGUUUCUGAAUGACCUGAUCACAGUGGAGCAAAUACUACCAGAAAUUGAACCACCUCUUGAAAACUUGAACAAAGGAAGCCGGAGUCCUCAGAAAUUGCUUUCCAGGUUCCAUUUUGAUAUGAAAUACAAGUCUAAAUCUAAGGAGUCCCUUCGUGACACCAAGAAGAAUGAUGUUGCUAAUGGGCAGACCGGCUCCAAGCAGGGUAAAAGGUUCGGUAGUGGGUUUUUCAGCUGGAGGGCAAAACGGCCCCCAGCCUCGGACACUGAGGCCAAUUCUUUUGCCAGUGAAGGGCUCUCAGAAGAGUAUGUGCUUGUGAAGGCACAGGAAGAGGACCUGAUCAGCUUUAGACCUGUCAGUGUUCGGAGCAGCGCCUCAGGUAAAAAUUCCCUCACGGGAAAUAAAACCAAACAGUCAGCCUGUGUGGUGUCCUAGUCAUGAGAACCGAAGACCAGACAAGAGCAUCUGAUGGAAUGUACAACUGUUUACUCCUUUACCGCCUGCAGCCUUGUUCUCACACAAUGGUCUGUCAAACCUCCGUUUUGUCCAGGAUGCAUCUGGUACCACCAGUUCAAGCACGUGUGCUGAGUAAGGCAUAGGGUCUGGAUGGUUCCUAUGUGAGGGAUAGCAAGAGAAAUGUUAGUUCAUAUUGAAUAAACUGUGAUAAGGGGUUUCAGAGCUCAACCUCAUUGAGAUGAAUGUAAGAGAGCUUCCCAUGCCUUAGUGCUACUUUUUUGGUCUGUCUGGCUACAGACUCAAAGCACAGCACUGCAUAAUUUACUAUACUGUAAGGAUGUAUUGGUCUGAUGGGGUAGAGGCUUGGAUCACAUUGGAAAUUCUGGAGAAAAUGGUAAAAUUUGCAGAUCAGGUGAAUUUACCUUGUCUGUGGAUUUCUGUUGUCCUUCAGCAGCAGAGACCUGUUAAAGGAUGAUUUGAUUGUUGGGGAAGGAGUGUUUGGCUUCAGAGGACCAGCUGGCAUGCUAGCUUUUCUUUUCCUGCCAUAAAACCAACAACUCAGCUAGAUGAUAUGGUAGCAACCUUUACUCAAGACAGCACAGAGGUUGGAAUAUUAGAGGUUGCUUCAGACUAGAGCUGAGAUGCUCUGUGAGAGCUCAAGACUAGGACAGCAAAGUCCUGCCAAAUUCUGAAGGUGAAUGGGCAGAACUGAGGGGAAAGAUGCAAGCAAGGACAGCUGCUGUAACAAUUGGUUCUACUGUUAAUCCUGUGACAUUUUAAACAGAAUAGUAAAUAAAUAAGUAAAAGUGCACUCUUGGAGGCUGACAAGAACAAGGGGGUUAGAGUAUUUUUAGCUGUCUGGUUUAAAAAUAAAGGAUUCUGUGGAUGUAGCAAAGGCGCAGGUUAUUUUGCACAACCCAUUGGGUUUGAUAUGGGAACUACCAUUUUCCUUUGCCUUCAUGCCAUACAAAUUACCACAAUAUGGUGCUGUUAUGACAAUGUGUACACAUUUGAUCUAUUUAUUUUUCUUAUUAACUUUUUAAUCCAUAUGUAUAUAUUGAGCACAGAGAGAAGGUAAGUGGGCUUUGUCAAAGAAUAUAAACAAAGUUUAGCAUGUGUUUCUAUUGUACUUAGAAUCCACAGUAAAAGAAAUACCCAGUGGAGCAUCUUGGAGGUUAGGUUACUUGGGCACUGUGGUUGCUUGUAUGAUGAGCAGGGAUCUGGGUUUUCUGUUUCCCAUGGGAAAAUGGAGAAAAACGCGGAUUUCCCCCUUUACCUGAGGAAACAGCAUAUUUUUCAUUUUAACAGAGAAACCUACAGAUUUUGCACUUUUGCAAAGAGCUCACUGCAGGCUGACAGAGUUCCAGCCUGCAAGGGGCUGGGGGGAAGUGUGAGGAGGGGGGUCAGGCAGGGGGCACCAUGUGCAUGUAUAUCAGGGGUGGGCAAUUAUUUUAGCUGGAAGGCUGCUUAACAAGUUUUAGUGAGCUGUCAAGUGCCACAAGCGUAGCCCUGCCCCUUGACAGGUACCCUGCCCCCUGGCCGCCAUCGUGGAACCAGAAGUCCUUCCCCCCUAGCCCCUGAUCUUUGCCACUGGAACUCCCUCCCCUUGCUCCCAGAAGUACUCCUUUUGGCAAGGGGGUUUGCCAUCUUGGUACUAGAAAAAAACCAAAUUAUAUUCUUAAAUCAAACAUCUGCUACAAUAUACAUUAAUUGGAAUUCAAAAAAUCUUUUUGUCCUGAUUUAUGCGUGUGCAUAGUAUACAUGGAAGUGAUUGCAUAAUAGCUUAAAAUGAAGUCUUACUUUUGUAUAUUGGGUGGGGAUGGAAGAGCGAGGGGGAAUGGGUGUGUGUGGGUACAGAGUU